UGUCUCUACCUAUUUUUGUAACCUCAAAGUUGCGCAUGGAUGGUGUGCAUAUCAAAAAAAUUUGUGUGUUAAAUUUUGGUACUGGAAAAGGGAAAUGAGCGAUGCCGAACUUCAGGAAGAAGAAAGAGAAGUUCUUCUUUCGAUUUAUGAUGGAGAUCUGGCUUUUAAACAGUUGACACCCACUACAUUUCAAUAUAAGUAUGGAGAGGAUAAUGAUAUGAAAUCGUUUUUAUUGGAAAUCUCAUGGGGCACAACCUAUCCUUCGGAGAAGCCUACUAUUAAUAUGAAUACCUUUUAUAACAAGCAUAUUGUGCAAGAAGUAAAAGACAAAGUGGUCCAACAUUUGGAAGCAGAGGCUGAUCAAUGGUUGGGAAGUGCUAUGACUUACACAUUGUUUCAAUCUGUACAAGAACAUUAUGCCAAGUUAAUCUCCGCGCAACCAGAUUCUAUUGUUGACAUAAAUUCGCAAACCAACCAGCUUAAGAUAGCAGAUGAACAUCAUGAGUCGGAAGAAACAACAAAAAAGCCAAAGAAGGAACAUCUGACUAAAGCUCAAAAGCGUAGACAGUGGAAUAAGGCUGAUGGAAAAGGAGAAAAACCACGAGGAUGGGACUGGGUGGAUAUAGUAAAACAUUUAUCACAGACUGGCCCUAAGCAAGAGCACGAGUCUUAGUUCAACUUCAUUGAAAUAUUUGUACAGGUUAAAGGC